CGGCUGCUGCACUUUGAAGUCCGCCUGUUGUGAUCAGUGAGCUGCCGAAGUCCGGACCGAAGGCACGCAGUGGGACAUUUCCUCUCAACGCUCGGGAGUCUACGAAGCGAUCUCUGGUCUUUUUUUUAACGCCUCGACAAGAAAGGACGCUGUUGUGCCGUUUCGUGGACUUUUGUUGUUGUUGUUGUUGUUGUUGUGGAUUCGAAAUCGGAGUGUAGGAGCCAUGUCGGAGCUGAAGAUGCUUCAAACCAAGUAGCGCACCGGGACUGAGAGGCUUCUCCGUCCUUCGGGACAUUUAAGGACGCCCAGCUGUGUUUUUGUGUCUGCUUGGAUUACAUUUACGCAUCACAAAGUAACGCACAUCUCAAAGCGCUGCGCCCUCUCUCCAAUGAAAUAUCUCCCUUCAGGAUCAGCUACGGAUCGAGUCAGUCAGCGGAUCGAGCUCAGUGAGACCACCGACUCUAAAAACUCUCGUCCCGGUGCCGUGGUCUCUUUGUUGACCCCUCUGGACCCACUUCGGCAGGCAAAGCGGCUCCCUAUCCGAGUCAUCAAGAUGUUGACGGCGCACACUGGACACUUGCUACACCCGGAAUAUUUACAGCCUCUAACGUCCGCACCAGUCAGCAUCGAGCUGGAUGCCAAGAAGAGUCCCCUGGCCCUGCUGGCUCAGACCUGCUCUCAGAUCGGUAAACCAGACCCUCCGUCCUCCUCCAAGCUGGGCUCCUCCUGCAGCCAGGGGGACAAGGAGCCCAGCAGCCGGUCAUCCAGCCUGAAGCUGGGGGAGCACCGCCCCUCCCUGGACGAUAAAUCCAGCUUCAAGCCUUACAACAAAGGCAGCGGAGACUGUCGCAGAGACACAGUCACCAGCAGCAGCAGCAGCAGCAGCUCCAGCAGCGAUAAAGCCGGCUUCAGGGUGCCCAGCAGCAGCAACGUUACCACUAAUGGAAAUUCGAGCAGCGGCGGUCAGCAGAGCUACCCGCCUCACGCUGCUUCACCCAGCUCCAGAGGCAGCAGCAGCACCCCACCUGGACAGCAGCAGCAUCACAAACAGAGCCAGUCUCCUGGUGGACAGCCCACCUCGCACUCCCACACUGCCAACGGUGAAGCUGCACACGAGCAGGGCAGUCCCACGAGCACGAGCAAUAACAAUAAUAAUAGUAAUAAUCCCAAAAAAGACAUUGAUGUAAACAAGGCUGGCUCAGACAGUCCGCAUCACGCCAACUCCAGUCUGGUUCGAGCCAGCACAAACUGCAGCAACGGCAGCUCCGACGGCGGUUCCAACCACGAUGGAGGUAAAGCCGAGCCCUCCCAGCCGAACCUCGGCCCCGGACACAUUACCCCCAUCUCUCCCUACAAGACGAGCCAGCCGCUCUUCCCCCUGCCCUCCUCCAACAUGGGCUACCACGGAUCUGUGGUGGGGGGAUACGCAGGCUACCCGUCCCAGUUUGUUCCUGGGCUCGACCCGACCAAGUCGAGCCUCAGCGUGGGAAGCAUGGGAGUACCAGGGAAGCACCCGAGCUCCAGCCCGCUCACGGGUGCCUCCCCCCCUUCCUUCAUGCAGGGUUUAUGCAGGGACCCGUACUGCCUGAGCUACCCCAGUGUCUCCCAUCUUGGUGGAAGCAACUGCAACUCCUGCAUCCACGACCCGUCCUCCACCCUCAAAUCCAGCUUCCCUCUGGUGUAUCCGUCCCACCCGCUCCACUCCCUCCACCAGAGCUCACUGUCGUCCAGCGUGUCCUCCUCCCUGUCUCACCCCCUCUACACCUAUGGCUUCAUGCUCCCCAACGACCCCCUGCCUCACGCCUGUAACUGGGUCUCUGCCGGAGGGCCGUGCGACAAGCGUUUCGCCACGUCAGACGAACUCCUGGCUCACCUCCGCACGCACACGGCUCUGCCCGUGGGGAUGGACAGCAAGCUGCUCUCGGUUUCCUCGUCUGGACCCGCCUCCUGCCACCUUCACCUCCCUCACCAGAGCAGUCCAGGCUCCAUGCCCAGCUCCCUCUCUCUCAGGGCUCCCCCCAGCCUGGGCUUAGCUCGCUAUCACCCCUAUAGCAAGGUCCAUCUGCCCCCUGGACCCUCGUCCAUCUCUCUGCACUCUCUGCCCACCACGGGCCCCUACUACCCCCACUACGCCCUCUACAGUCAAAGACUUGGUUCUGCAUCUGCUCUUGGAUACCAGUAAUACGCAGCACACUUAAAUGUUUAUCAGAAUGGUGCGACAUGUUUUUUUUUGAAAUACGCCUAUUUGUCUUCUGGCAGAGAGUUAAAUCAGAACACUGAUGGCACUCUCUUAUCUGUCUCUUAAAUAUGAAGCUACAGGCAGCAGCCAGUUAGCUUAGCUUAGCAUAAAGCGGGGGAAAACUGGGGAACAGCAGAAUCCACCUAUCAGCAACCGUAAAGCUCAUGAUGUUUAAACUAAAAUCAUGGCAUGAAAACAUCAUGACUCAAGACUCCAGGCGAGAAAUAAUGAAACACGUGGCUUCUCAUAAAACGUGAAAUUGUUGGUUGUACUUUAUGGUUUAAACUUUUUUAAUCCUUUGAACCUCAAGCAGUUAUUGGGCAUGUUUUGCCCCCAUUCUUGCCUCCUGUUUUCUCUGUUUAAACACAGCCUGCAGGUCAGCCCAGUUCACCUGAAAUGCCCAUAGGUGUUACUAAUGCUGGACAAAAACAAAAAAGAGAACUCUACAUACUAUCGCUAUUUUACAACUUCCGCAUCGUCUCCCAUCUACUUUGUGCAACCAGCCUGCAGUUCAGUCGACACGUGUCAUGUGACUGUUGAGUCACUAAUAGCUUCACGAUUACACAAAUGUGCUCAGAAUUCUUUCUCUUUUUACAGAAUCUGAUUCAUGCAAAUGCUUUAUAUUUGGCAAAUUUUUAAACAAAAUGCGUAGAAUAAAGUGAUUUUGAUGAAAUAUUGUGUUUUUAAGCUUAGAUUCUGAGUUUCCUGAUGAAAUGGCAUGUGAUCAAUUCAAAGACCAUUGGAGCAAAAAAUGUUUCUGCUUCGAUAAGUACUGUAAUUUGGGCAUUUUUAAAAAAUAAAACAACAUGGCGUUUAAACCUGCAAGUGGGUUCUGGAGCUCAGAUGAUUCUACUAACAUCAUGUAAUGUGUUAAAGGUGCAAGUCUGUAUCAUCACACUGAGCCACGCUAGCUGUUUCCCCCUGCUUCUAUUGUUUAUGCUAAGCUACGCUAACUAGCUGCUGGCUGAAACAUAAUAUUAAGCAGGCAGACAUCACGGUAGUGUCAGUCCUCUCAAACAGGAAGCCAUUGGGCACAUUCACAAAAAUGUUGAGCUAUUACUUUAAGUUAGUAGUUAAUUGUGGCAAGUUGCUGCUUUCUCUGACUUCAGACCGGAUUUGUGGAACUAGGAAGGGGCGCGCCAGUCCUGGAUUUUGACUUGAGAGCCGCUUCACACUUGGUUUAUGCUUUAUAUAUGAGAUGGUGUUUCUAAUCAGUCCCACUCCUAAAGAUCAGAGGACACAUGGCUCUUACACGUCUGCACAUUGCUUGGAUACUUCUGCAACAGACGUGACGGCCCUGAGGUGACUUUGGCCGCCCCGUGGGCUUGGCAAAUUGAUGGUUGGACGCUGUGUAAAAAGCUCUUGGAUGUUCAGGGUUCUUGCUGCAAAUGAUGAUGAUUUAGUGCAGAAAAAUGCGGCGUGUCCGGGAUGGCAGUCAGCAGCAGCAGCCUUGGGCUGAUGUAAGCCUGGCCGCGGCCGCCUCCUCCCUGCAAGAGAUGCAUGUAAGCUCAACACAGCAGACACACUUAACAGCCCCACGGUUUGUGAUGAUUUGUUUUGGUUCCUUAUGUUUGGUUUAUUCCUACUGAGAAGUUGUAUUUAUUUUAUACGGGGAAUCUGAUUUUAAUGUUUACCAUAUAAAUCUGUUCUCAUUUUACGGUCCUCUGAGCAGACAUGUGGGAAGCCAGAUGACAGGUGUUGAAUAUGUCGUGUCUUAACACUUCUUCUAGAAUGAAUGUUGAAAUCACAUCUCGCUCCCAACUCCUUUUUGAUUGUUUUUAUUUUCACAGCAAAUCAAUAAAACUGAGAUGUGAUAUUUUUUGUAAAAUUGGAGCACCCUGUGGGGGGAUCCAACGAAAGGGGAGGUCAUAUUUUGGUAAAUAAAUAACACUGAAGAUGUA